GUUUCUUCACCGAGCUCAAACAUACACCGGUUAGCCUCUUCUAUAUGCAGAGAUCGGGCCGCUGCUAAAACAGACGCUACAAAAUCCAAGAGUAAUGCAGAUGAUGAAUGGAUUACUUUAGAAGCCUCAAUACAUGAAUCAGUUUGUUAGAUAACAAUUCUUAAUUGAGAGAAAUGAUGCAAAUUCCAGAAUUUCUUCGUCAGUUGUCAAAUCCUCGGAGUUUGCAGCUCGCCAAGGAGAGAAUAGGACUGUUGUUUGUUUUUGAUGAUGAACGUUGGUUUAUCGGCAUGACGAGGGCUUCUUCGUCGCUGAUGAACCCCAAGAACACCGUUUCUCAGAUUAAGAGGCAGAAUUUAAUCUUUAUUUGCUUUCUCUAUCUGCAACUUGUCCCCCAUCAUCGCACAACUUACAGAUGGCUAUCAUACAACACGAUGGAAAAUAAAACAUGGUCGGAAAGUCAAAGUGCAUAGCAAUGAAAUCUCCCAGUUUGAUACAAACAAGACAUGGGUUGGUUAAGUCAGUCGCCACCCGUAACCUAAUGGGUUAAACACAUUCCAGAGAGAUUUGCGUCUGUAGAAGAAUACCUUCGCUCAUUUGUUUGGCCUUUAAUUGAAGAGAUGCGAGCAAAACUUCAGAAGAGUCUGGAAUCUAUAGCUCAAGCAAAAUAUGUAAAAAUGAAAUUUCAGGAAGAGACACACCUGUCAGAAGGUGAAAUAGGAAAAUAUGAGAUGCUUAUUGACAGGGAGGAUGAUUCAGAAGAAGAGAAAGAGAGAGAAAAUUUGGAGUUGAAAGCAAUGGACAUUCUUAUACUAUUCACAAAAUUGCCUGAGGAUCUGGAUCACUUGAAUGAGGAUCUGGAUCACUUGAAUGGUGAUUACUUGUUGGCUUUAGUCCAGAGCACUGACAGCGACGACACAACUUCGGAUGAACCGAUGGUGACGAUGAAGGUAAUGGCGGCGACGGUGAGGGCAUAUGUGCGGUAUCGACAUCCCUAUACAUCAACAAAUUACAAUAUAAAUACUACAUUAUUUGCUUUCAAUCUCAGUAGUAUUAUAACAUGUUCGAGAAUCUGGAAUGCUUUACAUACUCAUUUGGGAGUCAAGGAAAAGGGUACCAUGCUUCAUAAAGCAAUAUGCCCGAAUACAAAGGAUUAUUACGAAUCCUGUCUAGAAGCGAAAGAAUAUGGGUUCGAGAAAUUCAGAAGCAAGCACUUCAUGCCCCAUAAGUUCAAUCGUUCUCAAGUUUCUGCUGUAUUUCGAGCAAUUGAUGCUAUUGAAUGUAAUUUUCCUUCUGAUAUAAAGCUGAUCCAGGGUCCCCCAGGAACAGGAAAGACCUCAAUGCUGAUUUCACUUGUUUCCAUCUUGCUCCAUAAGGCAAUCAAAGUACUUGUGUGCGCGCCCACAAAUGCAGCAAUAUCAGAAGUUGCAAAGAGAUUCAUCAAUAUUGUUAAAAAUCCAUCUGGAUGUUGCCCUAAUACAGAUAAUUUUCCUUGUUUCUUGAAUUUGAGUGACAUUGUACUCGUAGGAAAUGCGGAGAGAUUUGAUCGUGAAAGCAUUUUUGGAGAUAUUUUCCUUGCACAUCGAGUUGAUCGAUUGUCCAAAUGUUUCCUACCAAAGACAGGAUGGAGGCACAGGGUGAGAUCCCUUCUUCAUUUUCUUGUAUCAGCUGUUUCCCAAUAUGAAGAUUUUCAAGAGACACCACAUGAAACAGAUAGCCUUGAUACACCACAAGAAACAAACAGCCUUGAUUUUUCACAGUAUGUUAGACAGAGAAUGCAAAUUUUAGCCUCAAAAUUUUGUGAGGCUGCAAGCAUAUUAUUAAAUGACUUACCAGGGGCCUUAUCAGGAAAACAGGAAUUGAAAUGUUUGAAGAAUGCUGUGGAAUCUUUUGCAAAUCUUAUUGAGAAAAAUAAUGUCAAUGGCAGAGUCCUCAGAGAAUGUUUUUGUAGUGACAACGAGGGCUUGGUGAAGGCAGAAGAGUUAACAAGUAAAUUUAAUGAGAAUAUGCUUUACAAUAAGAAAGAUUUAAAGGUUCUUUAUUUUAAGAAAAAUGAGUGUAUCAAAUUGUUGAGAAAGCAUUUAUCCAGUCGAGCUGACAUUGCCCAAGAACUCACCUCUUUCGAGAAAAAGGAGAAAAUACGUGAGGAAAUAGAGAAAAAGUGUUUGUCGUGGGCGAAAUUGGUAUUUUCAACAGUAAUAUCUUCUGGCAAAAAGUGCAUGAGUAUGGCCGCACCAUUUGAUUGCUUGAUUAUCGAUGAGGCAGCCCAGCUUAUAGAGGCCGAGUCAACUAUUGCAUUACAAAUCAGAGGUUUGAGACAUGCAAUACUUAUAGGAGAUCCAAAUCAGUUGGCUGGAACAGUUAUCAGCAAGAUAUCACUAGAAAAGGGAUAUGGUAGAAGUCUCUUUGAAAGAUUACAGCAGCUUGGACAUCCAUGCCAUCUUCUAAAUACACAGUAUCGCAUGCAUCCAGAGAUAUGUCGAUUCCCAAAUAUGAAGUUUUAUGAAAACCGUAUUAUAAAUGGUCCCAAUGUUGAAAAGGAAGCAGAUGGCAUUACAUAUGUCAAGUCUAAAAUGUAUGGAACGUAUGCUUUUCUUAAUAUACAAGAUGGAGAAGAAAAGGAAGAUGAAUUUAGUAAGAGCAAAUGGAAUAUUCUUGAGGCUGCUGUUGUCCUGCAUAUGCUCUCUAAACUAUACAAAGUUUGUGCUAGCAGAGGUUUGAAAACUAGUGUGGGUGUGAUAUCACCUUAUAAUGCCCAAGUUUGUUUUCUGGAGAAAAGGCUAAUGAAGAAGGAUGAAUGGAAGAACACUAUUGAUGUAGAGGUCAAUUCUGUGGAUGGGUUUCAAGGUGGGGAAAAGGACAUUAUCAUAAUUUCCACAGUCAGAACUGACAAAAUUGGCUUCCUUUCUGAUUGCAGACGUGCAAAUGUUGCUUUAACACGUGCACGAUUCUGUCUUUGGAUUGUUGGGAAUGGGUCCAUGUUUCUGAAAAGCGAUUCUAUAUGGGAGAAGAUAGCAAAGGAUGCGGAUGCAAGGAAGUGCUUUCUAGAUCCAAAUGUAGACAGUGAAAUGGUGAAAUUAAUAAGAAAUGCAAAGGCUGAGAUGAACCAACUUCAAGAUCUAUUAAAGAAGGAUUCUGUCUUGUUCAACAACACAGUUUGGAAGGUUAUGUUCAGCAAUGAGUUCAAAGAAUCAUUUACCAAGUUAAAGGGUUUAGAAGUGCGGCAAAAUAUAAUCAAUAAAAUACUGAAAUUGGCUAAUGGUUGGCGACAAAGUAGGAAACAUGCUGGUUCUACUCAGGAAAACUUUAUAAAUGAAUAUGCAACGUCAGGUUUAUAUUUGGUGUGGACAACUGAUGUUGAACGAGGGGAGGGAGUAUUCCAAGUAUUAAAAAUAUGGAAUGUUCUUACCCUUGAAAAAGUUCCUACCCUAAGACAACGCUUGGAAAAUAUUUUCAGAACAUUUACUUCAGAGUACAUUGCGCGGUGCAAAACAAAGCGUUUGGAUAAGGAUGAAAAAAGAGUACUGCCAAUCCGAUGGAACGAUGAUCCUGGGUUUCUUUGGUAUAGAUCUCUACAGCAACCGGAAAUGGUUGAAUCUCUUCAUCGUGAAGCUCUUGAUAAGGAAACUGUUACAUUGGAGCAUGCUAAAGUUGAAGAAAGCUUAUUACUGAUGAAGUUCUAUUCUCUGUCUUCUGGCAUUGCAAAUCAAUUGUUAACAGCCAAAGAUGGAUCAGAAAUUGACCUUCAGUUUGAGGUCAAUGAGGAAGAAUCACGAAUAAUCAGGUUUCCAAGAAGUUCAUUUAUUCUUGGACGCUCUGGUACAGGGAAAACAACUGUACUUACAACCAGACUUCUUCAGAAGGAACAACAAUUCAGUCUUGCUACUUAUGGUUUCUCACAGGAGAAUCAGACUGAAGUAGAAAGUAAAAUUGGGAGGAAACAUUUGCAACAAGAACAUCUUGAUUCAGCAAAGCUUCGCCAAAUGUUUGUCACUGUUAGUCCAAAGCUUUGUUCAGCAAUAAGGAAUCACAUCAGUCGCAUUGACAGUUUUGUACAGGGAAAGGAUUGUACUCCCUGCCUAGUAAUUCAUGACAGCAGUGAUAAUCUGCAGGAGUUUCAGAGUAUUCCAGAUAGUUUUAUUGAUAUAGAUGACAAGCAUUUUCCAAUGGUUAUCACAUUUCAAAAAUUCUUGACAAUGUUAGAUGGGAGUGUACGGAACCAUUUCUUCCAACAUAAAUGUUCUGAAGAAUACCAGUUGGAAAAGAAAGAUGAUUGUUCAAAUGACAAGAUUGGCAAGCAAUUGGGUUCAAAAAAAUCAGGCAGGAAGUGUAAGGACUUCUGCGAUGGUGAUGAAGCUACUGACAUAAUUGAUAAUCAGGAAUUUGUUAUUGGUGCGAAAGGAUCCACUUAUAAAAGAUCUCUUGCAUAUAUGCAAUUCAUUAGAGAAAAUGAAGUCAACUAUGAAUGCUUUGACUCAGUUUAUUGGCCUCAUUUCAAUGUCGAGUUAAGAAGAGGGCUUGACUCUUCAGUGGUAUUCACUGAAAUUGUUUCACACAUCAAAGGUAGUUUAAAAUCUCUUAGUUAUCCAGAAUUUAAGAUGAGCCGGGAUGACUACGUUGCAAUAGCUGAAAGUCGUGUUUCUACAUUAUGUAUGAAACAAAGAGAAGCAAUCUAUGAGAUUUUCUUGUAUUAUGAAAAGCAAAAACAAAGGAAUGGCAACUUUGACAUAGCUGAUGUGGUAAAUCACUUGCAUCACCAGAUCAGAUCUACUGGAUAUUUAGGGAAGAAACUGAACUUUAUUUAUGUUGAUGAAGUUCAGGAUCUUCCCAUGGCUCAAAUUUCUUUGUUCAAAUAUGUGUGCUCAAAUGUUAGGGAGGGCUUUAUCUUUGCUGGCGACACUGCCCAAACAAUUGCAAGGGGUGUUUAUUUUCGUUUUGAAGAUGUUAGAAAUUUGUUCUACAAAGAGUUCCUUGAAACAGACAACGAUCAAUCCAAAACAAAAUUUGUUCCCGACUUAUUUCAGCUGAGCCAAAAUUUCCGAACUCAUACUGGCAUAACCAAACUAGCACAAAGUGUCAUGGAGGUGCUGUAUCAUUUCUUUCCUUUUGCUGUAGAUAAAUUGAACCCAGAAACCAGUCUAAUAUAUGGAGAAGCUCCAACAGUUCUGGAUACUAGGGAAGAGGAAAGUAUUAUUACCACUAUUUUUGGUAAUGGAGGAAACAUAGGAAGUGCAAAGUAUGAGUUUGGUGCUGAACAAGCAAUUUUAGUACGAGAUGAUAAUCAGAAAGUGCAGGUCCUUGAGCAAGUGGGGAAGCAGUCUCUUGUGUUGACUAUACUUGAAUGCAAAGGACUUGAAUUUCAGGAUGUGUUGCUAUAUAAUUUUUUCAGUGGCUCUCCAUUGGGCAUGAAGUGGCGGGUAAUAUAUGACUUCAUGAAUCAGAAAGGUUUCAACAGCUGUGAGCAAAAUCAAUAUCCCAAGUUUGACAAUAUCAAGCAUAAUCUUUUGUGCAGUGAAGUGAAACAUUUAUAUGUUGCUAUUACCCGUUCAAGACAAAGAUUGUGGAUUUAUGAUGAGAACCCUCAAUAUGCUAAACCAAUGCUUGAUUAUUGGAAACAAAUGGGCAUUAUAAGAUUCACAUGUUUGGACAAGUCCAUGGUGGAAUCAAUGCAUGUUGUUAGUAGUUGUGAUGAUUGGAAGCAGCGUGGCAUUCAGGUUGAGCAUCAUCUUUGGUUGCUUAUGCCAAAAAUUCCCUCAUUUUCAAUGGUGAAAGACACAUAUUUGAUUGAUGGCUAUACCAAACAACUACCAUAAGUGGAUUUGUCAUAGUCACACUUUCAAGAUAUGCAAAACUGCCAUUUUUGCGGCAUUGGUUUGCAACUUCAAAAGCCUCUUUCUAAAGAAAUUGAAGUUGAUGUGAGCUCCUAACUGACCAACAUGGUUAAUGCAACUAAAAAUUAGAUUAAUAUUGUUAUUGAACUUAAGUUAAUAAAAUCAUGAAGAAGCUUGACAGAAUAAAGAAGAGUUUA